AUGCACUCAAACUACCUGAUGCCGGCCUCCGUGCUCUUACAAAUUGCGGCAAUACCACCGCCACGUGAGGAGCUCGGGUGCGACCGUCUUUAUUGGGGACCUUCAUCUACCGGCAAAUUCUCUACGAGAUCUGCCUAUGAUUUCUUGGACGAUGUGGGUGGUUCGGUCCCAGGCCCAGGGCCUUUAUGGCGGGCUGUUUGGCAGUGGCCGGGCCUCCAAAGAAUACGUAAUUUCCUUUGGCUCUUGGCAAAGAAUCGCCUACUCACUAACGUUGAACGGAUGAGAAGACAUUUGACCCCAGAGGCGUGCUAUGAGCUGUGUAGACAAGCAGACGAAUCGACCGUUCAUGUAUGCUGGGACUGUCCGUUAGCGGCAGAAAUCUGGAGACACCUGCUACCACGGUCAGUUCACAUUGAAUUUUUCUCAUUAAGCUUGGAGGAAUGGCUGUUUUCGAAUUUAGUGAACCCGGUUAAAUUUGGGGACGCCAACUGGACGCAGACAUUUGGAGUAGUUGUGUGGAAAAUUUGGGGCUGGCGAAACGAGCAUCUAUUCCAAGGCAAGUAG